AUGAAGUUGCUGGUUGUUGCCGCUCUCGCCACUACCGUAUCCACCUGGCCAGAUACGACGCCACUGCCCGUGCUACUACCGCCAUCACUCGACAACGCCGUUAUCAGCACUCCGGAAGUCAACUGUUUGGAAGAUGGGUUGAAACUCACAUUCAGAACAGAACGGCCAUUCCAUGGGCGAAUAUUCGUGAAAGGAAUGUCGACCAAAGAAACCUGUAUAAAGAACUUUAUCACCAAUAACAGCCCAGUAGUCUCGUUUGAUAUCCACAAUGGCGAUUGUAAUAUGCGACGGACGAGAAUGAUAGGACCCGAUAAAAGCGGAGUCGAACAGACGAUCACUGUCAUCAUUUCAUUUCAUUCAACGUUCAUCACUAAAGUUGAUCGAGCCUAUAGAUGUACCUGUUUCUAUACGGAAAAUGACAAAGUGGUUACAAGCAAGUUCGAUGUCAGCAUGCUACCAACGACCGAAUUGACCGAUACAGUUAAAAUGCCGUUGUGUACGUACACGAUACGACGAGAGUCGAUAAAUGGUCCAGUCGUACAGUUCGCCCAGGUUGGCGACCAAGUAUUCCACGUGUGGCAGUGUGAAAGCGAUAUGUUCUCAAUGUUGGUUCAUAGUUGUUUCGUCGACGAUAGUAAUGGUCAAGAACGGAAACCAUUCAUCGACGAAUAUGGAUGUGCCAUCGAUCCCAUAAUUGUGCCCGAUCUUGUCUACAAUAAAGAAAACAAUUUGGCUUUCUCCCAAGUGAACGUAUUCAAAUUUGCCGAUAAGAUUACCACAUAUUUCCAAUGCGCUAUCAGUACAUGCUUGAUCGCUGAGGGAACAUGCACUGGAAGAACGCCACCACGGUGUGGGCCAUUCGGACCAAAACAACGUCAAGCCAGGUCGAUUGCCGAAGUACGGAACAGUAGUCGAUCGAGAUGGAUUCGGCUAGGCAACACAAUGGACGUGUCCGCUCAGAAAAUUACAGUACUCGACUUGGAGGAAGCACCAUCUGGCACGGUAAUGUCUCAGACGUUUCCUGAUAUAGACAGCUGA